AUGCCUGCAGCCUCCAGAACCUCCAGCGAGGAAGACCGACCUCAAUCCUCGGUGGAUGAGACUCAGCUCCGAAGGUCCCAAUCGCAGUAUUCACGACGAAGCAGCGUCAACAGGCUAGACCAUGUCCACAGCCACGUAUCCCACCACGACAUGCCCAUCAACGAUGACUUCCAAGAGGUCGACGCAGAGCAAUACCUCCGCUUCUCACCCGCACGCAAAGUGAUCAUCGUCGGCGUCUUGUCCUUCUGCUCAUUCCUGGCACCCAUCUCCUCAACAUCCAUUCUGGCCGGUGUGCCGGAAGUAGCAAAGACAUAUAACACUACGGGAAGUGUGAUCAACGCCAGCAAUGCCCUAUACAUGGCUUUUAUGGGGAUUGCAGCUCCAUUCUGGGGUCCAUUUAGCCAGGUGUGGGGAAGACGACCGGUCUUCCUUGUCAGCGCUUUCUUAUUCUUUGCGUUCUCCAUUGGCACUGCGCUGGCACCAAACUUGCCUGCAUACUAUAUCUUCCGCGUGUUGACCGCAUUCCAAGGAACCUCCUUCCUGGUAGUCGGGAGCUCCGCGUUGGGUGAUGUUUAUGAGCCGCGUGCGCGAGCAACGGCUCUAGGGUGGUUCCUUUCAGGGACCUUGAUCGGGCCGGCAUUCGGUCCAUUCCUUGGUGGCGUGAUUGUGACAUUCCGAUCAUGGAGGGUCAUCUUCUGGCUACAGACCGCACUGGGGGGCUGUGGAACAUUGCUGGUGUUAUUCUUCUUCCCAGAGACAUAUCCGCACCUCACGAAAAGUGACAUGAGCGAGAAAACGCUCUGGCAGAAAACCGUGUUUCUUUGGCACCGUGUCUCGCCACUUCGUGUUGGAAUCAUGCUCAUCAAAUACCCCAAUCUAUUGUGCACUGCUAUUGCUGCUGGCUCUCUUGUUUGGAAUCAGUAUUCGCUCUUAACGCCCAUUCGAUACGUCCUCAACCCCCGCUUCCACCUGACCAGUCCUAUUCAAUCGGGUCUAUUCUACAUUGCACCGGGGUGUGGAUACUUGAUUGGGACAUUUAUGGGUGGCAGAUGGGCAGACCACACGGUAAAGAAGUGGAUUAGAAAGCGUGGCGGCGUCAGAGUCCCCGAAGACAGACUCAAGUCCUGUCUUCUCUUCCUGGGUGGUGUGAUCCCUGGCUGUAUCCUCAUAUACGGCUGGACUAUCGAGAAGGCUGUCGGCGGCAUUCCUGUUCCAGUACUGGCUAUGUUCUUCCAGGGUGUCGCACAACUGUUCUGCUUCCCUAGUUUGAACACAUACAGUCUGGAUGUUAUGCAGUCGAGUGGCCGGAGUGCCGAGGUUGUUGCUGGAAGCUAUAUGCUUCGGUACUUCCUCGGCGCUCUGGGCUCUGGGCUCGUUCUUCCAGCUAUUGAGGCUAUUGGUGUGGGAUGGUUUAGUACUAUCAGUGCAAUCUUCUUGAUUCUAUCCGGCACCGGUGUCUGGUUGACCACUGUAUUUGGGGAUCAAUGGCGUGACAAAGUUGACAAAAAGGAACUGCGAAAAGCCGAAGAGAAGGCCAGUGUGCCACAAGAAGGUGAAAAGAGCGAAGCUUGA